AUGAGCACCAGCCAACAAUCAACCCCUCCCAACCAAGCAACUAAUCGGCGCCAGUCAAGCCGUGUUCGUACCCCUCUGGAACGCCCUGGUUUUAUCCAAACGCAUGACGACUCCCGGCGAUCACUAUUUUGCGGACUGCCAGGCGGUUUAUGA